UAUGGACGCGUGCAGAGCGUCAAGCUGCUGCCGCGGGGCGAAGAGUGCCCCGUGGAUGGAGGUUCCGGUGGUUCCCUCGGAGAAGGUAACGAGGGUGGUUCCGGUUCCAGUUCUGGCAGCGGUGGUAGUGGCGGGGGCAGCGGUUCCUCAGGCAGCACCGGGGGUGCCUCCGCGACGGUGGCGUUCAUGGAUAUCAAGUCCGCAGCGAAGGCCCACGCGACUGAGCAUACCCUGGACGAACGAGCCCUUACCACACAGUACUACGAACCACAGCAUCUUCAGCACAGGUUUCCCUCGCACGGAAGUUCGGAGGAUCAUGGAUCCGGCGGGGGUAGCGGGGGAGGAGUCAGCGGAGUCGGAGGCGGCGGCGGUGGCGGUUCCGGCAUCGUCAGUGGCAGCGUUGGCAGCGGAGUCAGCGGCGGCGGCGGCGGUGGCAGCAGCGGCGGCGGCAGCGGCGGAGGAGCCGCUAACGGAGGCAGUGGCGUCGGAAGCGGAAUCGGCAGCGGCGGCGGCGGCGGCGGCAGUAGCGGUGGCGGCAGUGGCGGUGGCAGUGGCAGCGUUAACGACAGAGAGAGGGACCGCGAGAGGGAGAGAGAGAGGGAGAGGGAGAGGGACCGAGAGCGAGACAGGGAUCGUGACAGGGACCGGGAUAGAGACCGGGAGAGAGAGAGGGACCGGGAGAGGGAGAGGGACCGGGAGAGGGAGCGAGAGAGGGACAGAGACCGAGAGAGAGGCGGCGAGGGCUUCGAGUCACGUGGCUCCCACGGCAGUUUCUACAGCAGCGAGCGAAGCAGUCGAGGGGUCGGAUCCGGGGGUGGUGUCGGUGGCGUCGGCGGCGGCGGCGGUGGCGUCGUCGUUGGCGGCCAUCCGGCGGAUCCUUCUCCCGGUGAUCCUGUCGGCUACAUACCCCGCGGCCGUCCACCUCCUGCCAGCUCUUACCACGUGACAUCGACCAGGGCGAGGGAUCGGCUCUACUCGAGAACCGGACCGUACGCCUCCGGGCCGCCGCCCCCGCCCCACUUAGAUCGUCAUCGUGGUAGCCUGCCGCCGUCCUCUUGGUCGGCCUACGAGUCGACGACCUCGAGGUACGGGAACGCACCGCCGCCACCCUCGCCUGCCAACAACGACGCCUACCAGGACGAGCAAGAUUACAUUCGUCGUGUUAUUCCACUAGGCGGCGGUGGAGGUGGCGGCAGCAGUAGCAGCGGUGCGCUACGACAGCACAAAAAACAGCGCAGAAAAUCGCGAAGCGGAAGCAGCUCGCCGAGUGGCAGUAGCCGUUCCGGUAGUAGCAGCAGCAGCCGCAGCGGUAGUUCCGCCGGCAGCACUUCCGGGGGCAGUACUUCGCCCGGUAGUUCGCCACAUCGCACCGGAAAUGCCGCCGUCACCGAGGACCGCAGGCCGCUCGCUAUCUGCGUGCGUAAUUUGCCGGCACGCAGCAGCGACACUUCCCUCAAGGACGGCCUGUUCCACGAGUACAAAAAGCACGGAAAAGUGACGUGGGUGAAGGUCGUGGGGGCGGCCGGUGACCGGUACGCCCUGGUCUGCUUCAAGAAGCCGGAGGACGUGGAGAAGGCGCUCGAGGUGUCCCACGACAAGCUGUUUUUCGGAUGCAAGAUCGAGGUCGCCCCUUAUCAGGGUUACGAUGUCGAGGACAACGAGUUCAGGCCGUACGAGGCCGAGGUCGACGAGUACCAUCCGAAGGCCACGCGGACCCUCUUCAUCGGCAACCUUGAGAAGGACGUCACCGCGUCCGAGCUUAGGAAGCACUUCGAGCCUUUCGGCGAGAUAAUAGAAAUAGAUAUUAAGAAACAAGGCGCGGUGUCGAGCUAUGCCUUCUGCCAAUACUCGGACAUCGGUAGCGUCGUCAAAGCUAUGCGAUCGAUGGACGGCGAACACCUGGGUGCGAAUCGAAUAAAACUCGGAUUUGGAAAGUCGAUGCCCACGUCCUGUGUAUGGGUUGACGGUAUUGGAGAUUGUAUGUCGGAAAAGUACCUGAACAUGCAGUUCCAUCAGUUCGGACCGAUAAAUCAGGUCGUCGUGGAUCGCGAACGCGGACACGCUUUGGUCUUCUUCGAGCAGAUCAGCUGCGCCCAAGCCGCCGUGAAGGAGAUGAGGGGCGCUGCUCUUCGUGGUCGCCGGCUCCAGGUGGACUUUGCUUCCAGAGAAUGCCAGGAAACGUUUUACGAGCACCUCGAGCGACAGGGCAUCGCCGGUGAGAAACCUUGGGAUACGAGGCCCUCUCCGGCGACGACCUUCGAUGUCUCGAUUCCUUCCAGGCGGGAGCGUAGCAGUUUCGACUCCGGCGUGGCGGUGUCAAAUUCGAGUAGCCGGUUUACCCGCUACGAGACACCCCCUAGGUCGAGAACGGCGAGUUACUCCCGCACGUCUGGAGGCGGAAGCACGCCGGGCGCCAGUCCUGCACAUCCGACCGCGAUGUCCCGCAGCAGCAGGCGUUCUUACCAGGACACCUACUACGACGGCGACUACAGCGAGCCGGCGCCACGACGGUUCCGCAGCUACGACGAGUUCAGCCAGGGUAGCGGGGCCAGUCACGACGACUACCAAAGCAGCGUGCUCGGCGAUGGCAAGCUGAACGACGACGACUGUCCGCCUCCGUCACGUAGACACGCGGUGCAGAGCGUUGUCACUAGUGUAGACCCGCCUGCACCGCCACCACCGUUGUUACCGCCGCCGGACAUCAGACACCUGCAGAAGGAGCGAGUGCACCUACUGGAGCAGUUAGAGGAGUGUCACAGUAGCGGUGACGAGGUUGGUUUCGCGCCUAAGAAACGCGCGAAACUCGACGGGGCGUCCACCACCAUACUAUGCGAAGACGACGAGCCCGAGAUCGCGUCGUUGCUCGUCACCUCGCAUUCCAGUAGGAAGGGUAUGGACAUCAGACGAGUGAGCGAUAGCAAGGUGGUCGUGCAUCACGGCACGAGGAGAGGAAGCUGCGAAGGAAGAGGACCAGGGCCUUGCAAGCGUCGUCGUGACGUUACCAGCAGGCAUCACGAACAUCACGAUGGGUCGCGACCAGGAACGCCGCUGGUAGACGAAAGACCAGAGAAUUUGGUGCCUAGCGAGCCAAGGCGGUUUCGUGAAAGGAGUCACGAUGGACCUCUGUCGUUACCCCUGCCAAGGUUCGCGGCUCAGAUGCUGAACAACAAUAACAACAACAGCAGUAAUAGUAACAAUACCGGUAGCAGCAAUAAUAGUAGUAGCAGUAGCAGUCGAUCGAGUAACUCGGGUCUCGCUAAAGUGACCAGUCCACCAUGUGCCAACCUGUCAACGGCGCCCAGUCCGCGAACGGCCCCGCAGCCGCCAGCCUCGCCGCCACCUCGUCAUCCCAGCCCAAGUCCAACGAGCUCCGAUAGCGAAACAGCGCCUCAGUCACCUAGUCUCGAAGAAAGAAUACGCUCUCUGGAUGAAAAGUACGAGAAAUGGUCGGGAUCCAGGGCGCUGAGUGCCGCCGGUGGUGAUGCACUGGCGAAGCUUGACGCCAGCGCGUCGGAGAGGUUCAGGUUUCGACACAAGUUGCUCGACCUGGACCUGCACGAGGUGCAGCCGAGCGAUAUCGUGAAGUCGGUUCUUGCCAAGAGGAGCGUGUUCGACGAGGACUCGAAGCGUCUGGAGAACUUUAGCGAGAAGUACGAGCCGAGAGAAUUCACUGGCGUGAUAGGCGUGAGUUCGAUGAUCGGCAGCGCGAGCGGCCUUGCGUCGAGCGGCGGCUGCACCAGCAAAGUUUGCUUGCAGUAUCCAUUUCCUAGUCAUCCGCCGGUACAGUUAGCCAGCAGCACCUCUAUGACCAGUCAGAUCGGCAUAAGCACGCCCCUGUCAUCGAGUUUAACGUUCUCCACGACCAUGUCAACGUUGAAAACGACAGAUCCUCGGGCGAACGUGCAGCACAACUGCGUGCACCCUACACCGACAACUCCAGUCACACCCGGCACGUCGAUUAAGACUGUUAGCCCCGAAUUACCACCGGUUUCUCUACCGAUCGGACUUGGUAGCGGAACGGCAGCCACUAGCGGCAAUAGUAGCGGUUUAGCGUCAGCUAGUAGUAUUCUUAGCAGCAACGGUAGUGUAAGUAGUAUUCACGCUCUUGGAGCCUCUACCACGCGAGGAUUGAUCAGUAGCGGCUCUUCCGCGUCGGCGUCAAUGCCGGUCACGACCACGUCGUCGCUCGCUUUCUCGACGCCGAUGCCGACGCCACCGGUUGCUACGACAGCCUCGACCACGAUCACCUUGACGACAACUGCGACCACGCAAGUAGCAACCACGACCAUGUCGAACACGACGUCAUCCUCUCUGUCGAGUGGUCAAUACCAAACUUCCAUGUCCACCGCGUCCUCGGUGCUACCGUCUUCCACGACAUCCUCGUCGAAUUCUUCGUCCUCUUCCUCCUCCGUCACCUCUUCUUCAUCGUCGUCGUUGUCAUCGUCCACGGACACUUCCCGGUCUCGUCUAAGGAAAGAGGUCAGCAGUAGCAAUCGAGAGAGCAGAGAGUCUCGCGACAGCAAGGACAGCAGGGACUCCAAGUACAGCAGCAAGAGUAAGGAUUGUCAGAGGAAGUCGCGGAAGGAGGACGCAGACGUCGAGAGGAGUCGCAAGGAUCGGGAGGAGAAGGACAACAACUCGUCCAUGGUGAACGACGUUGGGGAGAACGAUAGUCAUACGGGAGAGUUUAAAGAGAACAAGGAGAUGCGUUACGAGAGGAAGGAGCGUGAAGAGAAGGAGCGAAGGGAGAAGGACGAUCGCGAGAGACAGGAACGAAGGGAAAAGGAAGACCGUGAUAGGCAAGAACGAAAGGAACGAGAGGAGAGGCGGGAGAAGGACGAAGAGAGGAGAGAAAGGGAGAGACUGGAUAAAGAGCGCCAGGAGAAGGACAAGCGAGAAAGAGAGGAGAGAGAACGAGAGAGGAAAGAACGAGAGGAGAUGGAGGCUAAAGAGAAGGAGAGACGAGAGAAAGAGCGAUUGGAACGGGAGAAGAGAGAGAGGGAGGAGAAGGAGCGUCAAGAGCGCAGAGAAAGAGAAGAGAGAGAGAGGAGAGAGCGGGAGGAUCGCGAGAGGAAAGAGCGAGAGCUGCGUUUGGAACGGGAGAAACAGGAGAAGGAACGUCUGAGGAAGGAGAGAGAAGAUCAAGAGAGGCGAGAGAAAGAGGAGAGAGACAGGCUGGAGCGAGAGAGGAGACGGGAAGAGAAGGAACGUCUCGUACGGGAACGGGCUGAGAAAGAGAAGCGCGAGAAGGAGGAGAGAGAGAGGCUGGAACGGGAGAAGCACGAUCGGGAGAAGAGGAGAGAACGCGAGGAUCAGGAGAGGCGAGAGAAAGAGAAAUCGGAGCGCGACAAGAGAAGAGACAGAGAGGAGAAAGAUAAGGAAAAGAGAGACCGUGACGAGAGCAGGAGACAACCCACCGAGAAUCAUCUUCAUCAGUCCGUUUCGCAGUCUCAGAAUCAGAUUUCCCCUGCCCCGGUGUCCAUCAAGCGACGGUGUUCGUCGCAAGAUGGGCCGACCGAGGACGACGCUAAGCGUCUGAAGAUCUCCGAGCACAGAAGGGACAGUAAAGACCGGCCUAGACAGAAUCGAAGGUCCGAGGACCGCAAACACCGCAACGAUUCUCACAGAUCCAGCCGCGAAAGCAGGGAGAGCCGGGACAGCAAGGAGAGCAGUGGCUCCACGCAGACCCAGGACAGCAGGGAGCAGAGUCACGGUGAGGCGAACAGGGAGUCAACGAGGGAGAACCGCGAGAACAACCGCGAGAGCGGGAAGGAGAAGCAGAGGAGCAAGAGGAACCGUUCAGAGAAGGAGUCCAGGGAACGAAGUCCAAGGGUAUCCCACGAGUCGGAUAAAGAGUUCCUAUCGAGACUGGAUCUCUCCAAGCGCAACGAUUCGAAUUCACCGAGCGAGCAGACCACGAUCAGUUCGAAUCAUUCGCGAGAGAUCCAACAACACCACCAGCAACAGUCUUCCCUAAACCUGCACAGCGACGUGGACGAUGGUCCCCUGUCGACGCACGACAUCCAGGUAGCCAGACAUCCAUCGGCCACCGACACUGACAGCGACGAGCCCAAGAAGCACUCGAUUUUCGACAUAGUCGACGACGAGCCAGCUUACAUCAGCAUGUACGACAAGGUGAAAGCGCGUUCGACGAAGAACAUGCAGAAGCUCGAGGAAGAGAAGCGACAGGUGAGACUCAAGGAUAAGUUCUCGCAGCUGAAGCAGAGUCGAGCCAGACGGGAAGAGAAGAAGCAGAGCACUUCGUGGGACGGUGACUCGGUGUCCAGUAAAGCUCUGACGGAAGACGAAGCCACCUCUGAGUCCGACUCGGCAAGGGCCAAGUCGCUGUCAAGGAAGAGCUCCAGGUCUCGAAUUCACUCGGAUACCAGCGAGGAGGAGGAGUCGUUCAACAACAAGAUACGCAAGGUGGUGAAAACCGAGAGGUUCCUGGAGAGCGACGUUGAUCUUGGAUUCGCUGACACCGAGGAGAAGCACAAUUCUCUGGAGACCACGAACGUGGUUGUCAACAGCGUUCAUACGAACGUGAAAGAAGAGCCACGAACCUCGGACGACGACGAACGGAUCUCCGUUCCUUUCCGUGGUAACCAUCCAGCGAUCGUGGUGAACAACCACGAACGAGACGCGCGGAAGAAGUCGCACAAGAAGAAGCAGAAGCGACAGAAGAACUCCAUUUCGAACGAUGACAGUCUGAAGACCGAGCCGACAGAGAACGUGGAGCACAAGAACAAGUCGAACACCGUGGCGAGCAACGUGGACUGUCGGCCUAACCACACGUCUGAAUCCAUCACCGUCACUACGACCGCGACAUCUGGGACGACGGUGCUGGAGAACACGGAGGAGAGGAUAAGAUCUGACAAGAAGCAACGGAAUAAGAAGGACAAGAGGAGAGACAGAAACGGGGAUGACAAGACGAAAGCGAGGAGAAAGAGGCUGAACAGGCAAGAGGUCAGGGACUCGCAACGCAUGGAGGACAUAUUUGGUCCAUUGUCGGACGACGUUGACGAUGGUCCGUCCAAUAACACUCUCUUCAACCGUUUGGGCAACAACACCUACGCUUCCGACAGCGACGGAGGUCACAGUCCAGUGUUGGACGUGGAACGAGUGAGGCGAAAGGCUGAGAAGAAACGACGUCACCAACCCGAGGAUGAGAACAGCGUGGACCUGGCCGAGGCUGGACGGGAGAUCGAGGCAAAGCUCCUGAGACUACCGAACUCUCCCAAGUCGGCUGUAGCGUGUACAGAGAGCAACGACCACGACGUGUUUCGGUUCACCGAUGACAACGACAGCGUUGAGCCAUCCACGCCGUCAGCCAUUCCGGAGAAGGUGAAGGAGAAGAAGAAGAAGAGGAAGAAGUCUAAGGAAGAACGUAGUCGGAAGGAUUACCAUCAUCAUCAUCACCAUAAGAGCGGUGAAUUGCCCUAUCUGGGUGCAGAUCCUAGUCCUCCAAGAGCCAGCAGUCCGUUGAUACCUAAAACGAUGUCACCCACUUUGCCUACACCUAGAGACUCCCUGUUAAGUCCUAUCCCUAAAGUUACGUCCAACGUGGCAACGGUACCGUCGAUGACACCCCCGGUAGUCAGUGGCAGUAUCCAGCCUACGAAGCCUGAGAAGAAAAAGGACAAGUUCAUACCAGGCUUUGGAAUCGAAAUGGACGAGACUAUCCACGAGAACGCGGUGAAGAGUAUCUCGGAGCCGGAAGAACGCGAGAACAGUUGCCAGUCGCGCAGUGGCAGGGAAGAGCCGGAGGUGACUACGCCGACAACGCCACCUACGCAGACGGAAGAUAAGCCACGCGUGGCGAUUUCUCAGGAAGAGACCGAGGAUGCUGUCGCUGCCCUGCUAGAGGAAACCUUCGGUGGGUCCACGGAAGAUUUUUCGUACGAGGGUGAAGAAGAAGACGCGGAAGCGGAAGACGCAGUUGGGGCACCAGCCGAGGCGCCACAGGAGGACGUCGAGGAGAUGCAGCAAGCUGUGGAAAGUCUGAAUGCUUCGACGGGAGAGGGCGAGGCUGACAUGAAGCCUGACACCCCUCCGAGCGAGCAUGAUCUGCAGAUAGACACGGAUACGGAAGAGGACCCGAACUAUGAGACUUUCGACCUAACUCAACCACCGAAGACACCAGACAUUCCAUCGUUCUAUAAGUCACCCACGAACACCAUCAACACCAUCACACCUUCCCUAGCCGCAACGGAGAAAUCUAUCGAGACGCGAAUGUCAUCCAUACCCGUGAAACCGCAAAGCCCACCGACGUCUGUCAUUGCUCAUUCGUGGAACUUGAACGAGAAGCCGCGAGAGGUGGUUAAGACCGUGCAGGCGGUAGAAAAUGUUGAAAGCAACGUGAACGCUGCCAGUCCAGAGAGAAUCAAUUCGCAGACGCAUCGCACCUCGACUUCGCCACCUCCGCAGUAUAAGCAGCCAGUCCUAGGUCCCUGCAGUGUACCCAUCACCAGUGAAACACCUAGAAUAACCGCAGCCAGUCCUAGACCACCACCUAUUAGCGUGCAAUCCUUGUAUCAGAAGCUUCCUGUCUCACCUCAAGCUCAAAUGGUACCCAUGCGACAGACUUCUCCCAGAAUGCAGAACAUCUCUGCAGUCUCUACGUCAGCCUCCUCUAACCAGACUCCCCUGCCACCGUUAGUCCCAUCUAGGAUACCUCCUCUAGUGCCGUCGCAGUUAUCACCGAGAAUCUUGCAGCCGUUAUCGCCAAAUGGCCAAUGGUCUCGGACCACUCCUCUCAGUCCUCACAUGCCGACUGUUGGGAAACCGUCUCCACCACCAGCCAGGAUUGCGGUUAGCGUACCUGUAUCAGCGCACAGACCAGAGACACCAGCUCAACAAAUAUAUUCUACGGCUGCCACUCAGCAGCCAGUUAUUCAGCAUGCACCUGGGAUGAGAGCUUUGGCACCUAGUCAUCCUAGGGGUGGUUUACCACCGUUGACGUUGAAUAUUCCACACCGUCCUUAUAUGCCUGUACCACCUUUAGCUCCGGGUGUGCAGGUGAAAAGCUCUAGGGAUUCUGCUCUGGGUGGGAAGUCUGUGAUCGAGACCUUGCUCCCGGUGAAUCCCAACGAGCCACAGCAGCGUUUGGAGGACCCAAAGCUAUCGCCAGCUGUUAUUCCAGAGCCUACGAACAAAGCUUCCACUUCGCCCAAGGUCCCUUCACCGAAUCAGCCGCCCACUUAUAUUCCAGAAACUGCAAAGAUCGAAAUCAACGCCAGUACGUCCAGUCCAGUGUUCGGGAAACCGACCAGCAUCGCAGAUACCUGUUCUCUGUCGUCCAGAAGUCAGAAGCAGAUUUCUGGUUCCAUCACGACGGAUAACAAUCUACUGUCACCUAGGCAGAAGCAGGAAAUAUCGAGUCUACAGCUCUUGACCACCCACGUGCCACGUUCCUCGACACCCAGUCCUGUAAUAGUUGCUCAUGGACAGUCUCAUCUGGUCCACAAGUCCGUUGUACACAGUAUCGGUGCGUCUACCGUUUCUUCUGCUAAUCAAUCGCUAAUCAAGACAGUUGUACCCAUAGUCCCACAGCAAAUCGCAUCCACGGUGACGGUUUCCAUGCCAGAAGAGAAAUGCAUCAUCACACAAACGUCACUGCCUUUGUGCAGCAGCCAAAGGCACUCUCCGGUCCUUCAGAGCAGCCAGCUAUCGAAGCCUCAUAUCCCAUUGGUGUCCACAGUUUCGCAAGCCAUCAUCGCGAGAGCAGUACCUUCCACAGUUCCCUCCCUAUCAGCAUCGCCAAUCAGCGAACAGAGCACGACAGAGUGCAUAGAGUCCCGUCUGCCACCGGAACAAGAGCUAGAGGUGGAUCCUGAUGCACAGAUAGCGCAGACAGCUCAACCCAUGCAACUCACUCCGCCGAUACAGCCUACACAGCCACUGGACAUCAUAAAAGACGAGCCAUCCGAUGUCCUGAAGCACGAGGACACUCCGAUAAAAGAAGAAUUCCCGAGCAACGAAUCGGAACACCCGUUGAACCAGCCAUGUGGUACCAAUGUAGACACCAAACCACCAAAGGUGGAGCCACAGGAAUUGGUCAAGUCAGAGAAACUACCGUGCAUACCCAAACCCGAACCUUCAGACAACAAUCUUGUACCCAAAAUGGAAGUGGAAGCACCGGUUAAGACAGAGGUCACGAAUAACGAAGUGAAGGAUGAGGAGGUCGUGAAAGAGAAUGAAGAAGCGGAUAUGGAGGAAGAACCAGCUGAAGAUCCAUUGAAAGAACCAAGUACAGACCCGCUUGCCAUUGACGUGUCCAAGGAGGACCCAGCAGACAGUAAAGAGGACAGUGACUAUUGGUCGGCGAAAGAGGUGAACAUCGAGAGCGUGAUAAAGAAAGUGGAUGCCCUGUGCGAUGGCGAGGGCAAUGACGGGGAUGAGGAAACGCAGCAUGGUCAGAGUACCAAUAACGAGACACAGGAACAGCCAAAGACCAACGAGUCUGAGUGGUUCAACGCGGAAGCAACGGAAGCUGACAACAAGAAGAACUUCAUGACAAACGACGAACAGGAUGAAGGAGUAGAGACGUGUGAGAGCGAGUCAACGAAGAGCCGUCGUGGCAGGACUAAGAGCAAACGUGGAACCAGCAGCCGAGGUGGUGUCACUACGAGGCGAAGCAGUAGGAACACCGCUACUGUUGUACAUAAGCGUAGACCUAGGACAUCUAGAGGGAGCAAACAUCACGUGGAGAAGAACAAACUGCCGGCAGACGUGUAUGAAUUCCACGAUGACAGCGAGGAAGAUAAUGCUGGACGUCCACGAUUGAUACUCACGAUAAAAUCUCCUGUACCUAACUUGACCGGCCCCAACGCGCAACCAGCGACACCUAUAGCUGCAGUGAAGGAAGUGCCGCCGGAAGAGUUUGUCCCUCCAGCCGCGAAUACCAGAAAAUCCAGAAGAUUGGCCGAAAAAGAUGGAAGUAGGAACACCAUCGAUGACGUGAUCGAGGAUGUCGUGCGCAGUUCCACGGCGAACAAGGGAGUAGUUGGAGGAUCCACAGGCAACGUCCAUGCUACCAGAAGAAGUACCAGGCAUAACAACUCUCCUCGUAAUGUACAAACUACGGUGCAUCUGACAGAGCCUAGAAAGUCACCAAGAGGCGUUCGCAGCAAAUCGGCACGAAGAACUUCAGAGAAUGAUGAUGAUGAGGAAUUCCGAGAACUAAUGAAGAUAAAGGAAACACCACCUGCACCGCAAGAGCUACAGAAUAAGGAAGAAAGCGUACCUCCUCGAGAAGAAACUCCAAAGACGGAGGAGGCGAGUCAACCAGCGCCAUCACCAACGCAGAAACCAAUCUCUCAUGAGCCGAUGACUUUGAUAGAUCCGGUAACUGGAAUGUUGAUACCUAUGAGGGAAUCAGAGGAAGGUCAGUAUAUUCCAGUUUCUACAUCUUCCGGACAGACCCAGGCUGUGAGCAGAUCAACGUGCGAUGCAAGGAACACUCCAGCAGUCAACGUAGUUAACACCAGCCCCAAUACAACAGAAGCGUUGCGACCAAAACCACUGCAACCAGAGAAUCUAACAAUUACUGAAGAACCUAAAAAGGAACAACCUCCGGCAGAACCAGUUCAGAGUCAGCAGAUCCAGCCACAGACUAGUGUUAUCACGAAGCCACAGUCUCCAGUGGUGCAGGUUACUUCCACGACCACUAUGGCCCAGUCAACAACAACUUCCACCACAGUUACACCUAUAGCCACAACAACGGUAGCAGUACCACAGACUACACCUACUUGCUCGACCCAAUCGAAACCCACGAGUCUUAAGGCUCAUGUCUUGAAUGCCAGUAAAUUGGCUACACCAGUACAGCAGCAAGUGGUUAUCACGAAACCAGCGGCUCCUAGCGUGCCUAGUCAAUCAGUGGUACAGAACAUCGUGAAACCAACGCAAGCAGUGCAAGGUCUCCACCUACAAGUCUCUAGUAACAGAGUGGUAUCUCCUAGUUUGAGCCCACGUGCCAAGCAAACACCUCAAAUUAGUGCAGCCACGAAUGGAAAAGGUCAAGGCCAGCCUAUGUCACCGGUGCUGAACAACACCACUGGUGUUCCACCGAAUCCUAAACAGCAUCUUUUGCAAGCAGCCAAACAACAGACAUCCACAAUUGUGAACCUUCCUCAGAAAUUAUCCUUGAACGUCCAUCCAGCUAAUGUAACCACAACACCAACACCUAGAAUCCAUCAACCUGUCUCUCAGCCAACAGCAUUAAAGGCUAUCAAUGGCCAGCCACAUCCUUUGAACCCGAAAGCUCACUUGCUACAGGCAGUAGUCCCACCAAUGGUCACAGGCGCAGUGGCCAGUCCACCUACACAACCUCAUCUGAUGAAUCCACAACCUGCUAGUGUGAGCUGUUCAAGACCUCCAGCACCAAAACCACCGGUAACGGGAACAAUGGAACCACCAAAAGUAGAAGUAUCAAUGUCUGGCUGCAUUAUGGUUCCAACUGCGAGUCCCCAAGCACGUGGAGUACCAAUAUCCAGUUAUGAAACACCACUGCAUGGGAGUGCGGGUGCUACUCCAUCACCAGGGGGCCAAUAUGGACUUGUUCCCCCACAUCGAUCCCAGAGUCCUCCAUUGCCCCCACCUGCCCAUCAUCAUGCUAAUGCUUCUCAGGCUGACGUUGUGAAUCACUAUGCAGGACUGACUAGAAGUGGAGAACUACCACCUCAUUACAUGCAUUCGCAAAUGCUCCAGUAUCAGUAUCUACGUGCACAGCAGGAGGUCUUAACAGCCCCGCGUAUAGCGUACCAUAUUCAAGAAACCCGAUCUCCUCAUUUACCAUUAGAUCCCAAACUUGAAACAGGCAUAGAAGAUAGUCACAGUCCACCAUUAGAGUUGAGACGUAGCACAAGAACACCGCAAGAUCGCACUACCGAUAGUCCUCAAGUAGCUCAAGUAUACAUGAUGCACGGAACAGUGAGACUACCACCACCACCACCACAAUAUAAUGCAGGAAAUAAUCCAUCUUUAACUGGUACACCAGCAGCUACCCGAGGUGGCUUCUACGAACCGCCACCGGCGCAUUUGCGUUCUCAAUAUCCUAUUGCUGCUAGUGAAGCGCCAAGUGACAGAGCUAUCACACCGGAUAGGCCUAGAAAACACCAAGUGGUCACACCACCUCAUGCUUCCCAAGUGCCACCUCAAGCAGACUCGUUUCAGAUGUUGUUGCAACGUUAUCCGGUUAUGUGGCAGGGACUAUUGGCACUUAAAAACGACCAAGCAGCAGUACAAAUGCAUUUUGUUUUUGGCAAUCCCAAUGUAGCAAGAGACAGUUUACCAUGCAACAGCGAUGGCUCAACUCCACCAUUGAGAAUCGCACAGAGAAUGAGAUUGGAACAAACUCAAGUUGAAGGAGUAGCAAGAAAGAUGCAGAUGGAUAAUGAACACUGUAUGCUUCUUGCUCUUCCUUGUGGUCGAGACGAAGUUGACGUACUGCAACAAAGUAAAAAUCUUCAGACUGGGUUUAUAAUGUAUUUGCAACAAAAACAAGCCGCUGGAAUUGUUAAUAUCGCUGCACCAGGAUCACAACAACCUGCAUACGUAGUUCAUAUUUUCCCAUCAUGUGACUUCGCAAACGAGAGCUUGGCGCGAAUAGCGCCAGAUUUGUUGCACCGUGUCGCAAAGAUCGCUCAUUUGCUCAUCGUCAUUGCCACGGUUUGAGGCCAACCAGUAGUCUAUUGGAUUACAAUCUACCUAUACUUCUCGCCUUCACGCACUUGUAGGACGCUUCGCAUGUGGCAUGAAGCCUGGAGUGUCCCCCUCAAGAAGUGCAGUAUCGUACAACAAACGAUGAGAGUAUUUCCAAGGGAAAGGAAGCUUUCUCUUCUGGAAUUAUAUCAGUGACAAUCAAACGGAUUCUUCGGCUAAUCGUGCCGAUUUUCUAGAUCGUAGGCCUAAAACGUAGGUACGGGGUUGUGUAGCGUAGAGAGGCUAGCACGGUCAAUGUGUGAACAUCACCGAGCGUGCCUUUCUUCACCGGUUCACUUCGCGAUGGCGAGUUCCAUUCUCAAUGGAAUGGCUCGUGGUACGCUCGUUACUGACGACGUUUGUGAGAUCGACCGACGUCACUCUUGGUCUUUCUGACAAGCGGGUCAGGCACAACCCCAGUCCUUAGUGAAGACCUUCGAUUAAUAAAAACCACGCGAUGUCCUCACUGUGAAAAAAAAAAUCUAAAGGAAAAAAAGAAAGAAAGAAAAAGAUGGAACAAAAAAACUCACACUCGUCCCUCCUCUAGGAAAACAGUAAAAUAUACCUACCGUUGCUCUAGAUGGACAGUCGAUUUCGUAAGUAAGAGAAUAGAGGAAGAAGAUUAAAAAAAAAAAAAACUAACGUACCCUACCACUAUAAUACACGAGCUAUUUUAAGUAAGGCUUAGAUAUUAAUGAUAUUGUAUAAAUUAUAAGCGAGCCAGCGAGGGCAUAACUACUGUGAUUUUAAUUAUUUAACGAUAUAUAUCUGCGUAAAGACGAAGAAAACAAAAAGUAAAAACAUUAUAAAAUGGUGACCGAUUCUGGUCCGCGCGGUAUGUGAUGUGUUUUUUGUAUAAUACUGCUCUAUAUAAAUACCUAUGUAUUAUAUUACUUGUAACAAUAGUUGCUGCUGCCGCUGUUGCUGCUGCCGCUCGUGUCGAACUAGAAAGUAAAGUUACGAUCUAGACCUCUAGUGAAAAAAAGUGCGAAAGGACUACCUAAAAUAGUGUUUAUCCCUAGUGUAAUAUA